AUGAACUACAGAAAUUCCUCACGCGCCUCCAAAAGAGACUCGGCCGGCUUCGUCCAGCUCGACGGCGGCUCCCAAGUCGAAAUGACGGAACGCGACAUCCCCCUCACCAACGUUCGCAGCUACGCCUCCUCCACCGGCGCACGCCAGACUGCCGCCGGCAAGCACGCACACAAUGACUCGACCGAUUCCAAUAACGAAAAGCCAGGCCACCAUGGUCGCCGCAAAAAGCACGCCCCCGACGGCCUCAAGCGCAAGGGCACUGGCGAUGACGUCGAGCUCAAUGCCCUCGGCCGCCUUUACGAAAGGAUUGUCGGCUUCUCCGUCGUCACCAGAUACAUGGUCUACGUUGUUCCCGUCGGUAUACUGCUCGCAAUUCCCAUCGUCGUUCUCAAGGUCACGGGCCACCGAGACGACAUCAACGUGGGAACUGCCACAGACGACAAAGGCGAAGCCAGACAUGGCCCUACACUCUUCAACAUCUUUCUAUGGAUCGAAAUCACUUGGCUGACCCUGUGGGCCGCCAAGCUUGCCGCUCUUCUGCUUCCUCAGCUCUUCAUGGCUCUCUGUGGCAUCGUCAGCGCUGGCGUGCGCAAGUAUGCCACCGUCCUCCGCAACAUGGUGAUUCCUUUUUCGCUCUUUUUCUGGGCCUUGGCUACCUGGCUCACCUUCAAGAACCUCUUCAGCGAAGCCAUUAGUCCCAAAGAAAUUCCGUGGUGCAUCAGCCUGGAGCGUGUGCUCGGAGCCACUUUUGCCUCAUCUGCUGUAUUGCUCGCAGAAAAGGCCAUUAUCCAACUCAUCGGUGUCUCUUACCACCAACGCUCCUUUGCCCUACGCAUCAAAGAAUCCAAGCGCGAAAUUCGCCUCCUCGGACUCCUUUACGAGGCGUCACGCACGCUGUUCCCUAUGUACUGCCGCGAGUUUUCCGAGGAGGACUAUGUGAUUGACGACAGCAUUGAGAUGAUGCUGCGCAAAAAGGCAGGUCACAAGCGUCAAGGCUCUGCAACCCCCAUGAGGCUCAUUGGUGAUGUUGGCCGUAUCGGCGACAAGGUCACCUCCGUCUUUGGCAAUCUCGCCUCUGAAAUUACCGGCAAGCAGGUCUUCAACCCACACUCUUCCCACACGGUCGUCAUCGAAGCUCUCGAAAAGAGACUGCCCUCGGAAGCUCUAGCCAGGCGCAUCUGGAUGUCCUUUGUCGUCGAAGGCAAAGAGGCAUUGUACAUUGAAGACUUUUAUGAGGUCCUCGGCCCAGCUUACAGCACCGAGGCGGAAGAGGCUUUCGCUGUCUACGACUCUGACAUGAACGGCGACAUUAGUCUCGAUGAGAUGGUUCGCAAAACCGUAGAAAUGGGUCAGGAGCGCAAGGCUAUCGCUGAAGGCAUGAAGGAUAUUGGUCAGGCUCUUCGUGUUCUUGAUAAGGUUCUGCUGUUCAUUGUCCUACUCAUUGUCGUCUUCAUCUUUCUUGCUUUUUUCAAAAGCAGCUUCGUCACUGUCGUCGGUACCGCCGGUACUGCUCUGCUCUCCCUCUCCUUCGUUUUCGCCGUCACUACCCAGGAAUUCCUCGGCUCCUGCAUCUUUCUCUUUGUCAAGCACCCGUACGAUGUGGGCGAUCGUGUCGAUAUCAAUGGAAGCCAGAUGGUCGUCGAGCGCAUCUCUCUGCUCUAUUCGGUUUUUAAGCGACUUGAUAGGUCCCAAGUCACCCAGGUGCCCAACAUUCAGCUCAACAACCUCUGGAUUGACAACAUCUCGCGCAGCAAGGCCAUGACUGAGACCAUCGAGCUCAACGUCUCCUAUGACACCACGUUCGAAGACAUCGAGCUGCUCCGCCUCGAGAUGGAAAAGUUUGUCCGCCACGCCGACAAUUCUCGCGACUUCUACCCCGACUUUUCCAUUGGCAUUGGUGGUGUCGGUAAUCUCGACAAGAUGGUUCUCUACAUUUCAAUUAAGCACAAGUCCAAUUGGCACAACGACAAGGUCCGCGCCACUCGUCGCUCCAAAUUUAUGUGUGCUCUCGUCGUCGCCCUCAAAAAGAUUCCUAUCUACGCUCCUGGUGGCGGAAGCGAGGCUCUUGGUGGACCUGGUAACCCUAGCUACUCUGUCGCCGUCUCCGACGAGUUUGCUGCGGCUAGUCGCGACAAAUACGCCAAGGACAAGGAGGCUGUUCGCAUGGUACCUACCAACCAGGAACAGACGGAGAAAGAACAUGCAGCCGCUGAGCAAGCCGCCAUUUCGGAGCUCAACACCGUGCCUCUCGCCAUCAACACGACGACUAGCAUGUGGGACACUCGUGACCACAAUCCUGUCAGCGCCGUUGACGAGUCUGUGGCCGGGGACGCGCGACGCUCUCGCGAGAUUGAGGCGAUGCGCUCUGAGCUCCAUAAAAAAGAGAGCCAACGCGGUCGCCGCAAGGCCGGCGAGGGUCUAACGGGCGCCACAGGCUUGACCCCGACUGACAGCCAGUUCUCGCACCAGAAGAGCCCGCGUCUGGAAACCUUUGAUGAAGAGUCCACGACGGACAUGCCCUCGACGUUUUAUGACCGCAACCACCCCAGCGGGACCGCAGGCGCCAGCGGCCACAGCCAUGGAGGGUUCCAGAAUGUGCGCAUCCAGGAUGAGGAGGAACCGCGUCGCUCUACCUCACUCAACGUGCGCAGCCACCCUGUCGGUCGUCGGCCCUCGCGCGGCCCGUCGUCGCCUUCGAACCUUCGGUGA